GAAGAUAUCUGUGAACGUGAAAUUUCUUCAACGAACAACUCUGAACUAGUAUCUUCAUCCUCUCCAGCACAAAAAUACGACCAAGUUACUAGAAAUGAUACAAAAUCAACAAAAAUUUGGAGGACACGUGGCGACGACGUGACAACACCGAUGUCAACAAAAUCAGUCGAUCUAACGACAACUUUGGAAGGGGAUCUAGUACGCAUCAACAGCGCCAAAAAAGCGAUAUACCUUCGAAACAUCCUGACGACAGACAUUAUAAAGGCCAAACACCUCGUUUUCCAUACUAUAUGAACCACGAUGAAGUAUUAACUAGAAUUGAAAAUGGUACAUUAUUCAAAGGACAGUUGCGCAUCAAUGGAAAAAAACGAAUGGACGCCUACGUUGUAUCUGAUAGUUUGGAUGAUGACAUUUAUAUAUCUGGUCAAAUAUCUCGUAAUCGUGCUUUGGAUGGUGAUAUAGUGGCAGUUCGACUCUUGGAUAUUGAUGAAGUAUGGGAACAAAAAACUGAAAGGGAACGUAUAUUUCGAGAAAAAUGGAACCAACAAAAACAAGAAGAACAACCUAGCGAUUCUCAAAAAUCAGAAAUCAGCGACGAUACUGCAAUACCUGUCGCAACUCUGGCUAAUGAUGAUAUCGGAACUGAACAAAUUCAAGAUAACGAGAAUGAAGAAGACUCUGAUAAGAAACCAAGAUAUGCAGGUGAAGUCGUCUAUAUACUUGAUCGCCAAAAUGAAAAAAUGUUUACUGGGGUGCUUAGCGUGGAAAGACCUGGUUCUGUUGCCAAAUCUGAAAUGGACAAACCUUUUACUCCUCCUACAGGUCAAGUGUGGAUGAAAGCAACAGAUAAACGAACACCAUUAAUUCUGAUUAAUCCCAAAAAAGAAGAACGACCCGAUUUGUUUUCUCAACCAGAAAUCUAUGGAAAUGUUUUGGUUGAGGUUAAAAUCAUUCGUUGGCCCAUUACAUCUUUACAACCUCUCGGUCGAAUCAAGCGUCUUUUGGGUUCUGUUGGUGAUUUGACGGUAGAAGAACAAGCAAUAUUAGCUGACAAUGGUAUUAUGGAUUUGCCCUUUGACAAACUUGUACUUGAUUAUCUGGAAAGUAUUCCUCGAUCUAUUCCUACAUCUGAAUAUGAAAAUAGGCGCGAUUUACGAGAAGAAUUGGUGUUUACUAUUGAUCCUGUUGAUGCUAAAGAUUUGGAUGACGCUUUACACAUCAAAAGACAAGAUGAUGGAUGUUUUGAAGUUGGGGUACAUAUUGCAGAUGUGUCUUAUUAUGUCAAGCAAAAUACAUUGUUGGAUGCAGAAGCUAAGAAAAGGGGUACUACUACUUAUUUGGUGGACAGGUCCAUUCCAAUGUUGCCUACACCGUUAUGUGAAGAAUUGUGCAGUUUGAACCCUAUGGUGGAUAAAUUGACAUUUUCAGUGAUAUGGAAAUUAGAUCGGGAAGGCAAUGUACAACAUACUUGGUUUGGACGAACAGUGAUCAGAUCUUGUGCAAAGCUAGCUUAUGAGGAUGCUCAACAUGUGAUUGAUCAUGGAAACUUACCUGACAAGACCAUCAUUGGUAUCUUCAAUAAAAAUGAAGUAGAAGAAGGCAUUCAAGAUUUGUACAAGUUAUCAGCAUUUAUGCGAAAAAGAAGAUAUGAUACUGGUGCCUUAUCAUUGAAUUCCGUCAAAUUAUCAUUCACCUUGGAUAUCAACAAAGUACCAACUGCUGUUCAUGUAUUCGAAUCCAAGGAAGCCAACAAGUUGAUUGAAGAAUUCAUGUUACUAGCCAACAUCAGUGUCGCUCAAAAAAUCCUUCAAGCUUAUCCUACUACUGCUCUCUUACGAUGUCACGAACCACCUAUUGAACGACGAUUGCUUCGGUUUUUAGACACCACUAGAAAACUAGGUUAUGAUUUCGAUGUUGGAUCUGCGGCUGGAUUACAAGCUUCUUUUGAUAGUAUGGAUGAAUCAGAUGUCAAGGAUGUAUUACUGGUACUUGCUAUACAACCUAUGAAAAGGGCCAAAUAUAUUUGUUCUGGGGCUAUAGCUAUUGAAAAAUAUCUUCAUUAUGCACUGGACGAAGAUGCUUAUACUCACUUUACUUCUCCUAUUCGACGAUAUGCUGAUGUUAUUGUACAUCGCUUAUUACAUGCUGCUCUUUUGGGGAAAGAGAAUUGUGGAUACAACAAAAAGAUGAUUCAACAAAUCGUUUUACAAUGCAAUAGGAAGAAAGAUGGUGCCAAAAAUGCUCAAGACACUGACAUUAUGCUUUAUUUGACUCACUAUCUAUUGAAUCUGAAACAAGCUGGACAACCAUUGAUCGAAAAGGCAACAGUGACUGGUGUGGAAAAGAAUCGAUUUGACAUUUACGUUCACAAAUAUGGAUUGGAAUAUUGUGUACAUACCGGUGGCUUACCUUUGCAACGUGAUCCUGUUUUCAAUAAAGAAGAACAAAGCUUGGAAUUGUAUUGGAAACCUGAGACUCAAGUCACUGCCGAUUAUUUUGAAAAAUCAAGAGAUAGGAAAUGGGAAAUGGAUGAUGAUGAAGACGAUGAUGAUGAUGAUUUAUCCCAAAUGACAGAAACACUCGCCAAUACCGAAAUAAGUAAAAAAGAAAAGGAUGAUCUUCCCCGUCAAACACAACCGACAUUAUUGGAUAGUGCACAAUAUAUGCAAACUAUCACCAUACUUUCAACUUUGGAUGUCAAUAUUAUACCCGAAACAACACAAACUCCUCCUCGUAUUCAUAUUUUACCUAUCAAUCCAUUUUAGUUUAGAUAUUGACUUUUUUUUUUAUAAUAAUAAAGGAAC